AGUCCAAACACAAUUCUCUGUUAAAUUUGGGUUGAGCUAGAAGAGAGAAGAGUAACAAUAAAAAGAGCCAAUCCCAAAACCUUACCCCCCCUAAAAGGGAGGAAUCAACGUCAUAUUCCUGCUUUGUAUACAGAACAAAGAAACAUUUGCUCCAUGCAUGCGCCCUUUUCUAAAACCUAUAUAUGGGUCUCAAAAAUUCUCUCUUUCUCAUUACACCAACCUCAUAAACCACUGUUUAUCCUUAAAAUCCAUUAAAUUUGCCCAAACAAUCCAUGCCCAGUUGAUCAAAUUUGGAUUCGGUCGCAUAACUUUUCUGGGUAAUUGCUUUGUUAACCUUUACUUCAAAGUUGGCUCCUUUAACGAUGCUUCCAAAGUUUUUGAUGAGAUAAAUGACAAAAAUAUUAUAUCUUGGAAUAUUUUGUUGAAUGGGUUGUUAAAGUUUGGUCAUUUUAAGAAAGCAUGUUUAUUGUUCGAUCAAAUGCCUGCGAAAGAUGUUGUAAGUUGGAACUCCAUGAUUUCGGGUUCUGGGUGGUUGGGGUUUUGGGGUUAUGGUUUGCAAGUGUUUAAGGAAAUGCAAAAGUUCGGUGUUAGACCCAGUAAGUUUACAUUUUCAAUUCUGACAACAUUUGUGUCGUGUGCCAGUCAGGGGAAGGAAAUUCAUAGUAACAUGAUUACAAGUGGUGUUGGUUUGAGCAAUUUGGUGAUUGGAAAUUCGUUAAUUGAUAUGUAUGGGAAGCUUGGCUUGGUAGAUUAUGCUUUUGGUGUGUUUUUUAGCAUGGAAGAGGUGGAUGUUGUGUCUUGGAAUUCAUUGAUUUCGGGUUGUUGUAACUCAGGUUAUGAAGUCAUGGCAUUGAAACAGUUUGAUCAGAUGAGAUUUGCUGGUUAUUCACCUGAUGAGUUUACAAUUUCAAAUGUGAUUUCUGUUUGUACUAAUUUGAGAAAUUUGGAUAAGGGUAGGCAAAUCUUUGCUCUCUGUGUCAAAGUGGGAUUCGUCUUGAAUUCCAUUGUUUCAAGUGCCACUAUUGACCUUUUUUCAAAAUGCAACAUAUUAGAGGAUUCUGUUAAGCUUUUUGAAGAAGUAGAACGUUGGGAUUCUGUGCUUUGCAGUUCUAUGAUCUCAAGCUAUGCAAGGCAUGGCUUGCAGGAUGAUGCUUUGCUACUUUUUGUGCUCUCCUUGAGGGAGGAUUGCAGGCCUACAGAGUUCUCAGUCAGUAUUGUUCUGAGCUGUAUAGCCUUUAUUUCUGCAGAGCAAGGACAUCAAGUCCAUUCUUUGGUGAUAAAAUCAGGUUUUGAGUCAGAAUCAAUUGUUGCCUGUUCACUUGUGGAUAUGUAUGCUAAAAUUGGAUUAAUUGACCCAGCAAUGCAGAUUUUCUCCGAAAUGCAUGUAAAGGAUAUAAUAUCUUGGAACACAUUAAUCACGGGUUUAGCUCACAAUGGCAGAGCUGUUGAGACCUUGGAAAUAUAUAAGGAACUACUCAGAGAAGGUCCAGCACCAGAUCGAAUAACUCUUGCUGGAGUUCUAUUAGCUUGCAGAUAUGGUGCUUUUGUAGAUAUAGGAAUGAGUAUAUUUUCAUCAAUGGAGGAAAAUUUUGGAGUUAUACCUUGUGAUGAGCAUUAUGCCUGCAUUGUGGAGUUGCUCUGUCAUGCUGGUAAAGUCAAAGAAGCAUGUGAUAUUUUAGAAGCAAUGCCUUUUCAUCCUAGUUAUUUAGUUUGGGAAUCAAUAGUUCUUGCUACUGCAACUUAUGCCAACCCGAAUCUUACUGAAAGUAUGGCAGCAAAGAUGAUAGAGCUGGAACCACAGUCAUCUUUACCUUAUUUGGUGUUGAAUCGUGCGUAUGAGAUGAGGGGUAGAUGGGAGGGAAUGAUUCGAGUCAGGAAGGCCAUGAAGUCAAGGUUGAAGAAGAUUGUCGGAUGCAGUUGGAUUGGAAUAAAAAACCAUGUAUAUAUGUUCCAGGCAGAUCAGUUACAUCAUGAUGGAGGAAGAGAUAUAUAUUUGAUAUUGAGAUUAUUGACUUGGGACUUGGAAGAAAAAUGCUGUAUUCACUUACAGCAUGGGAUAGAGGGUACUGAGUGGAAUAAGAGUGAAACAAACUAGAAAAUUAAAGAAUUCAGGCUCUGAUUUGUUGAUGUCUUCAGAGUUCUUUACAUAUGUUAUAGCCAGCAUACAUAGAAUUAACAGGUUAAAGAAGAUCACUAUGUAUGGAUAUGGUUUUGCAUAUAUUUUUCUUGAACCCAAUAUGCGAACGAAGGUCAUCUCGAUAUUUUCAACAAGCUUGAUAUUUGUAACUUUAAGGAUUGACCCGGCUUUGCCAAGUUUGUCCAGGUAUUUAUACAAAUUAAUUUGAUUAGCAAAUUGAAAGUUUCAAUUCUGCUUUUGAUUAUUUGUAGAAGGUGAUGAAAUUAAGAAAUGGAUUCUAACCCACUUACAUGAACACUAAUUAUCAAUUUGCUCUGGUGAAGAAGUAACAUAGCAUCUGCUGCUGCACUGAGCAAAGGUGAUGCUGUUCUGGCCCAGCUAAAGGAAAAUGCAUAAGAAUGUAUUAAUGGUUGUAUUCUCCAAGUAUUUGUAUAGGUUCAUGGAAUAUCAUGAUAUUAUCUAAUAACGUGUUUGCCCUGCCAGCACCAGGAACCUGUACAACUAUUAAGGUGUGAUUUUAUAGUGUUAGAAUUUGCCAAUUAAAGCUCUGGAAUGGCGAUGCCGGAUCAUUAAAGGUCAAGCAAGGUUGGUCAACCAGAAAUUGCUCUGAAAAAAUGUACCACCAAUCACUGUAUUUUGGCAUCUGAAGACACGCUAGUGGGGUUCUUACCCUCUAAUGAAGCAAGUUGUAGUAUUCUGU